AGAUGUUUGUAAAACUGCGACGUAUUUUUUUGCGAAUAACUUUUAAAUACCAGUGUUAAUUGAAGAAUUUUGUUGAGAGUUUAGAUAAACAGGGCAGCCGUUGAAUGAGCAAUAUGGAAGAACCUGAACAAAACGAUAUGGACUCUGCCGAUGAUGCCGAUUAUGUAUUGUUAGAACCUAAACUGGAAACCAUAUUGGAGGAAACGGUCAUCGACGAACUUACCGUCCAGCAGCAAAAAUCGCAUCAAGACAAUACGCCAUACGAAGAAUGCGUCGGGCCGGAAGAUGCUGCCCUGGUCAAUCGGUUUGAGAUGUACACAUAUUUUUUUUGUGGGCAGACUUCUAGAAUGCCCGUGUGUACUUGGGUAAUUCGGUCUAAUUCACCAGCCGAAUUUAAGGAUUACAUGUACAUACUAGCAAAGCAGUACAUGAAACAGGCUAUAGAAUUUUCAUCACCAAAUGAGCCUGUUUGGUCGUCGAAAGAAGUACCCACGCAGGAGGAUUUAACGAAUUACAUUGUGUUCAAAGAUCGCACUUCAAAGAGAAAGUACGUCCUGGAGGACGCUGAAGAGUUCAUGCUUCAACGAUGGGCACAUAAGAAUAUCCUUGUUCAACUGUAUGUACAUUCGAAAGAAAUUAACAGUAAAUUCGCUUACGACACUGUCAAAGCAAAAUUAUUUAUCAAACCCGCCAACCCUACAAAUGUUGACCGCGAGGCACUGAAUGAACAGAGGUUACAGAGCAUGGUUAAACGGCUAGAGAAAAUUCACUUUCAACGACUUGUGCCGAAAAUCGACGACGCAUUCAAAUUAUGGGCCCGUCUAAUUUUGCAAUCUCCUCUGCGUGACCGCCAUAAACUUUACUACCAACAACCACCAGAACCAUUGCUAGAUAAUUUCGUGGUUUUAGAGAAAACAAGACCCAAGAGAGCAGCCGUGGGUCCGGCUCAACCUAAAGAUUGUUCCGACGGGUACGGGUUCGAAGAGGAAGUUCAAGUCCUGCGAAGAACGGUUACGCAGAUAAAAGAUCUAGUCGAAAUGCUGGAUCGACGAGUCGAACUGCUGGAAGAAAAAUGCCAUGGCUUCAAUCGGAAUAUUCUCGAAGGUGAUGUUCCUCCUGCAAAGAAGCCCAGAUGGGAUGACGAUGACGACGACGAGGUGGAAGCGGAAGGGGAUAUGCAAAACGAUGAGCCGAUAAUCGAUUUGCCUCCAGGGGACAUCCUAUCAGUUGAUUCGGUAGCGUCGGUUGCGGGACAGCAACGUGCCAGUCCGGAUCCUUUGCGUGACGAAAUUAAACAAGAAGAUGACAGUGAUUGGUAAUUGGGCUGUGUACAGUGAAGAAUGGAUUCGAAAUAAUAUGUAAGUUUUAAUUAAAAGGUUAUAAUGCCGGUGUUAAUUGAUUCCAUUCGACGCAGUGAGUUUCAAAAUUCUAUUAAUGUAAAUGCAUGUUACGAACGACGAUAACUUAUACAGACAACUGUAGGAAAAAAAUA